AUGUUCUUGUUCCACCACCGCCGCGGCGCGGCGCUGCUCGUGAUCCCUCUCCUCUCGUUCGCCCUGCUCCUGGGCUACGUGGGCACCGACGCGCCGGGCCUGGCGCGCUUCAAGCCUACCAGCGUUCCGCGCGCUCCAGACUUCAACGACCGCAUGCAGACGCAGCUACUGGCGCCGUUGCCCGCCGACCCCAAGGAGGAGACAAAGGGAUACCACAACUACAAAGCGUACACCGAGCACAAGCUGCGCGAGAUCACCGCGUGCUCGGCGCGUGGGGACUGUCACCCGAACGCGGACAAGGUGAGUGGGAUUGUCAUCUUCUCGUCGGUGUGGUGCAAGAUGGCAUUCUACGCGCACUACAAUGGCGGUGAGGGCGUGUGGUGCCACGGCGUGGUGAGUGCGGCCGCCUUCACCCUUUGCAUGUGCUUUCACACCCUGACUUCCUCAGCAACGUUCGCUCCGUACAUUGCCCAUUUACACCGGCAGCUUGGCGACAUGGUCAAGGCCAUCUUCGCCGAUACGGAGCGGGAGGAGUUUGGUUCCAUCAACAACUUUUACGGCGGCAGCGGGUUCCCUGCUUGGAAGGUGUUCGCCUUCUCGUACUGGGCACAGGGGAUGCCACAUCCUAUCGGGCGACCGUGGACUGUGCUCGGCGAGCCUAGCCGCGACGUUGCGAGCAGUGAGUUGGGCGAGGCGUGGUACUCUGGGCUGACGGCAGACUACACGUACCUGGGGUACGAUCUCGAGCCGUACGCCGACGACACCGAGUUUAUUCCUCUCAAAGAGCGCCCGAUGCGCGUGUUCAUCCUCGCCAAAAGAGUCCAAUACUUCUACCCUUCAUGGGCGCCGGCACUGUUUUCGCACGAUGUGAUCAGGAGAGCGCUCAUCGAGCUACGACAGGAAUUCCCGACGCUCGACUUUGUCGGUUCUUUCGUGGACGACCGGAACGAGGAGGAGCUCGCCAAGUUUGGCGACAUGGAGCUUCCAGAAGGCGUCAAGAACCUCGGCCCGUUAAACGCCACGCAGUUUGACGCGGCGCUUGCCCGCUCCCGCAUGGUGAUCGGCAUUGGGUGGCCCACGACCUCGCCGAGCCCGUACCGUGCGCUUGCACGGGGCACUCCCUUUGUCAACCCCCACACGCUGGGCGACAGCGGCAAGGACGAGGAGCCUGACUCGUGGCCUAUGGUCCAGCACGACUCGAUGCGGACGACCCCCGAGCCGAUGGUGUACAGUGUCCGCGCGCAAGACUACGACGGCCUCCUGCGCGCCAUCCGCAUCGCGCUCACGACUGAGAUGAAGCCGUACCGCUUUGAGCGGAUGGAGCCCGACGUCGUAGACAAGAGAAUCUCGGACUUUGUCAACGCUGACUGGAGAGGAUACGCCAAGUUGAUCUUGGAGGAGCGCAAGGCGGGCAACGAGACACAGCAGGGCCCUGGGUUGGGGUUGUUUGAACUCUAG